UUACUCUGCAGCGUCUAACACUGUACCUACUAUCGACUAUGAUGCUUGCUGAUAGAUGCUUGAUGAAGAAUUCUGAUAGCGACUAAAUUCUGUUAAACAUCGACUUAGCAUGUUUGCAAACAACUGAACCGGGUCUCCUGUCUGAAAGUCUACGCUGUUAUUACAUUGACCCUCAGGACAACCAUCCAACAGGACCAAGAGAAAGUGGCCAAGAUGUUCAGCACCAAAAGACUGAAAAAGAAAUCCCAGUCGGUGGAUAUUGCCACUCAAGGAUUCUCCCCUAGUCUGGUGCCAGCCUCACCACCCAACAAGACCGAAGCACCAGUUACCAAGACAACCACGUUAGGUGUGCAGCAGAACAAUGCAACCAAUUCUCAGAAAACCUGCGGUCCCCGGUGUGGAGAACUGAAGCGAGGCUACACCAUAGAUACCGGCCAGAAGAAGACUCAAGAGAAGAAGGAUGGCAGCAGACGUAUGUCGUUCCAGAAACCCAAAGGAACCAUUGAGUAUGCUGUGGAGUCGCGGGACACACUGAACAACAUAGCGCUCAAGUUUGACACCACACCCAACGAGCUGGUUCAGCUCAACAAGCUGUUCUCCAGAGCCGUCUGCCCUGGCCAGGUUCUGUACGUUCCUGAUCCUGAGCACAUAUCCAGUGUGGGCAGCUCCCCCUCUCUGAGCCCCAUCAGCCCACUGUCUCCCACCUCCUCAGAAGCUGACUUAGAGAAGGUGACGGAAUCUGAUGGCGCUCCCAGACCAGAGGCUCCCCAUCCUCAUCAUGCUCCGGUGUUCUCAGCGCUCCGUCAUGCCCGCGUGGUGUCGUCUACCUCUGAGGAAGAAGAGGCCCUGACAGAGAAGUUCCUUAAAAUCAACUGCAAGUACAUCACAGAGGGCAAGGGUUCUGUGAGUGGAGUCUUGCUGGUGACGCCCAACAACAUCAUGUUUGACCCACAUAGAAUGGACCCGUUGGUGCAAGAGCACGGCUGUGAGGAGUACGGGUACAUGUGUCCCCUGGAAGAGGUCAUGUCUGCAGCCAUCUACAAGGAGAUCACUGACAGCAAGAUCAGAGAGGCUGUGCCUGCACACCUGGAACCUCUGACGUCUGAGCGCGGGCCCUCCACCUCAUCCCAGCCAGAUCCGGAGCCACGUCUGAAAGUCCCGGGCAACGACGGUGGGAUCACAGCCCCCCGCAGCGCAGAGGGCUCCGUCUCCGAGGACGUCUUCACCGAGUCCGAGCUGUCCCCCAUCCGGGAAGAAGCCACGUCCUCUGAAGUCCUCCGCCUGGACAAGUCGUCUUCAGCCACGGCCUCCACAGAAUCCGUCCUGGCGGUCACGCAGGUGGAGGUCUCCAGCGCCUCAGGUGGGACCCCCGGUGGAUCUCCAGGUAGCGCCCAUGGAUCAGUCAGUCAGCCACCAGCUGAAGGCCAGGAGAAACUGCCAACAACCACUGAGGAGGAUCCAGACAGCCGCACUGCCAAGAGCCAGUCUCCCAAGCGGAACAGUCAGGAUGUGGAGAAGGCAACGCCAGUCAGUCCCCUUACCAGCCAGGGUCCAGGCCAGGGACCGCCCUCGCGCCCUGCCUCCCAGAGCUCUGCCCCUGGGCCCGGGGAGACCUUUAACCAAGACGAUGGUCAAGGUACAAGCCCCGUGCUGAGCAGAGAGGGGACCCAGGACUCCGAGACAGACGUGGAGGAGCUGAGGAAGAUGUGGAAGAGUCACACUAUGCAACAAGCUAAGGAGCAAAUGGAGAACGUAACACAGAAGGACGAGGGACAGGACUCUGCAGAAGUCUCCACGGAGCGGCAUCAGUCCUACAAGUUCCUGUGUCUGCGGGUGGGUAAGCCCAUGAAGAAGACGUUUGUGUCCAACGCCAGCGCCUCCAUGCAGCAGUACGCCCAGAGGGACAGGAAACAUGAGUACUGGUUUGCUGUGCCAGAGGAGAGGUCCGAGCACCUAUACGUGUUCUUCAUCCAGUGGAGCCCAGAUAUGUAUGGGGAAGGGGUCAGGGGCAUGGGCCAUGAGCCAGGAUUCAUGGUGGUCAAGAAGCAUGAGGAAUCCAAAACAGAAGAACCACUCACAGAUAUCAACAACAAAGAGUGGGAGGUAGUGUCAUUGACUGAGUACCACCGCCGGAUCGAUGCGCUAAACAGCGAAGAUCUGAAAUCUCUCUGCAAGCGGCUUCAGAUCACCACCAAGGAAGAGGUGCACUCAAAGCACACCACUUCAAUCAAGACAGACCUGGAGCCUGAGACCUUCAGACCCAACCUCAGUGAACCCAGUGAGCUGCUGGAGGCCGACCAGAUAGAGAAGCUGGCCAAGCAUCUCCCGCCCCGUACCAUAGGUUACCCGUGGACCCUGGCUUAUGGCACAACCAAGCAUGGCAUGAGCAUUAAGAGCCUCUACCGGGCCAUGCAGGGGCAGGACACCCCAGUACUGCUGGUAAUCAGGGACAGCGAUGGAGGGGUGUUCGGUGCCUUGGCGUCAGAACCAUUCAAAAUCAGUGAAGGCUUCUACGGGACGGGGGAGACCUUUCUCUUUACCUUCUGUCCAGAGUUUGAGGUGUACAAAUGGACAGGUGACAACAUGUUCUUCAUGAAAGGAGAUAUGGACUCCUUAGCUUUUGGUGGUGGAAGUGGGGAGUUUGGCCUGUGGUUGGAUGGGGACCUGUAUCAUGGUAGGAGUCACUCCUGUAAAACCUUUGGCAACCCCAUGCUCUCAAAGAAAGAGGAUUUCUAUAUACAGGACAUAGAGAUCUGGGCUUUUGAAUAACAACACUUAACACCUGGGGAAAAAACAAGAAAAAGAAGAGACGGACUAAUCAUCCCUCCAACAGCAACGUUGCCUCCAACCUAACUGCACAUCACCACUGUGCUCCAACCCCUCUGGGUCUUCCAGGACGGAGCCAGCUGAAGGAGGCUUGUUGUGCGUUCAUACGUUACUACUGCAGUUAUAACAGAGCUUUUCUUUGUGAAAUUACCUUGUGUGUAUCUUGUUACAACUGUGUGCAGCGUCUUUGAGGAAAUGUAGGGGGUGUACUGUCCUGUACAAUACUGUGAGGCAUCACAUGAUGUGCCGGUGUGUUGGAGAGACCCUAGGGUGACCUGGUUGCAGAACCAAGGAGGACCAAUCAGAUCACUCUCUCUGGCCUCCAGAGGUGAUGUCGGCUCAGAUGUUGGGUUGGUAGAGGGAGUUAAACUGCCGUAGUCCAUAUUAUCUACUUUUGAGGCACUCAAGAAAUCCCACCCUUCAGAACUUUGUUGAAUCAGUCAGUAGGAUGUUACUGUGUGGUGUUACAGGCCUUCAUGGAGAGAUCCAGUAAAAACAAAAAAAAA